AUGGUUAACGAAAAGAAAGAUGAAGUAUCAAAGCCUUCAGAGGCCGUAGGUGAUGAAAAGGAUCUUAAGAACGAAAAGAAGGAUAAAAAUGACAAGAAGGCUGAAGAAGAAGAAGAACUGUCAGAAGAAGACCAACAAUUAAAAAAUGAGUUGGAAUUGAUGGUUGAACGUUUGCAAGAUGAAAAUACAGAGCUUCAUCGCCCUGCACUUGAACACUUACGUACAGCUAUCCGCACUUCAACAAGCUCGAUGACAUCUGUACCAAAACCUUUGAAAUUCUUGGGUAAAUGGUAUCCUUUGAUGAAGAAACUUCAUGAAUCUUGGUCAGACUCUUCCGACAAAAAGCUCUUUGCCGAUAUUUUGUCAGUCCUUUCAAUGAGUUAUGGGGAAGAAGGACAACGUGAAACAUUAAAGUAUAGAUUCAUUGGAUCGGAUGAAGAGGAUAUUGGUUCUUGGGGACAUGAGUAUGUUCGACAUUUAUCCAGCGAAAUAAUGCAAGAAUAUCAAUCACGACUUGAGAAUGAUCAGCCUACAGACGAAUUGAUUCGCUUGGCUCUUGAAAUUGUACCUUUCUUUCUUAAACACAAUGCUGAAGCAGAUGCUGUUGAUCUUUUACUUGAAGUUGAAUCCAUCUGUCAAAUUAUUCAAUUUGUAGACAAGAACACUUAUGAACGAGUAUGUCUUUAUAUGGUUGGCUGUGUCAAUUUGUUAGCACCUCCCGAUGAUCUUGAAUUUCUCAAGACAGCUCGAGCAAUUUAUCGCAAUCAAGAAAAAUGGGCACAAGCACUCACCCUCUCUAUUCGUGUUGGUGAUAUGGAUUUGAUUAGAGAGGAUUUCGAACAGUGCCCUGAUCCUUUAUUAAAAAAACAAAUGGCAUUCCAACUUGCACGUCAGCAAAUAUAUAUAGAAACAGAAGAUGCAGACCUCAACGCUUGCAUUAAUAACUCCAAUCUUUCCAGUUAUUUCCUUUCGCUUGCUCGUGAAUUAGAUGUAAUGGAACCCAAAGUACCAGAAGAUAUCUACAAAAGUCAUUUAGAAAAUCAUAGAACUGCCUUCAGUAGCAAUAUCGAUUCCGCUCGAAACAAUUUAGCAUCUACUUUUGUCAACGCCUUUGUCAACGCAGCAUUUUGUAAAGAUAAACUUAUGGUAACAGAAGAUGAAAGCGAUUCUUCUUGGAUUUAUAAGACCAAGGAGCAUGGUAUGACCAGCGCCACUGCUUCGUUGGGUAUGAUUUGUCUUUGGGAUAUUGAAAAUGGUUUAAGUUUGAUCGACAAAUAUAUGUAUUCAACCGACGAUCACAUUAAGGCUGGCGCUUUACUUGCCAUUGGUAUUUUAAAUACUGGUGUCCGUGAAGAAUCAGAUCCUGCCUUGGCUUUAUUGUCCGAACAUUUGGAAACUGGCAGUGUUUCUAUCAAGCAAGCUGCAAUUUUCGGCCUUGGUCUCGCUUAUGCAGGCUCUGCCCGUGAAGAGAUUUCAAGCCUUCUCCUACCAUUGGUUAGUGAUACUACUCUCUCCAUGGAGAUUUCCUCAUUAGCUGCCUUGGCACUCGGUUUAGUGUUUGUUGGCACUUGUGAUGGUGAUAUUACUAGCACUAUUUUACAAACAAUGAUGGAGCGUGAAGACAAUUAUCUUAAGGAAUCAUGGUCCCGUUUCAUGGCUCUUGGUCUCGGUUUAUUAUACCUUGGUAAACAGGAUGCGUCGGAUGCUACUUUAGAAACUUUGAAAGCCAUCGAACAUCCACUGGGCAAGCAGGCUGAAGUUUUGGUUGAAGCGUUAUCAUAUGCUGGAACAGGCAAUGUGUUGAAGGUUCAAAAGAUGCUCCAUCUAUGUAAUGAUCACUUAGAUAAGGAAAAGGACGACGAUACUUUUCAAGGAUUUGCUACCUUGGGUGUUGCGUUGAUCGCUAUGGGUGAGGAUAUCGGCUCAGAGAUGUCUUUGCGUACAUUCAAUCACCUGAUGCAUUACAGUGAACCUGUUGUUAGAAAAGCAGUUCCAUUAGCAUAUGGUCUGCUUUGCGCUUCCAACCCACAAGUAAACAUUCUUGAUACACUUAGUAAAUACUCUCACGACAACGACGGCGAUGUUGCUAUCAGUGCUAUUUUCGCUAUGGGCCUUGUUGGCGCCGGUACUAAUAAUGCACGUCUUGCCCAGAUGUUAAGACAACUUGCUAGUUUUUACCAUAAGGAUGCUCCAAGUUUGUUCAUGGUUCGUAUCGCUCAGGGUCUUUUGCACAUGGCUAAAGGAACUAUGACGUUGAACCCCUUUCAUACUGAUCGUCAAAUCAUGUCUCCUGUCGCCAUCGCUGGUUUAAUGACAAGUAUUAUAGCAUUCACAGAUCACAAGACAUUUAUGUUCGGAAAACAUCAUUACUUACUAUACUCUUUGGUUACUGCUAUGUAUCCACGAUUCCUGAUUACAUUCGAUGAAUCCGUGGAAAGCUUGCCAGUUACUGUACGUGUCGGUCAAGCCGUAGAUGUUGUCGGUCAAGCUGGUCGUCCUAGGACAAUUACAGGCUUUCAAACACACUCAACACCUGUCCUGUUGGCUCACUCAGAACGUGCUGAGCUUGCGACCGAAGAAUAUUUACCUCUGGCACCAGUGUUGGAAGGUAUUGUACUUUUACGAAAGAACCCAGAGUAUAUGGAAGAGGACCAAAAAUGA